AUGCCGCCCACGCGGCCGCCGCUUCUUUGUUUUGUGAGCGCUGGCAGCGGCCGUCCUGUCACCUGCCGCCAGAGCCCCGCCUGCCGCCCAGGAAUGUCGCCACAAAACAAACAGCCGGCCGGUUCGCGACGCUGCGCCGCGGAAGGGGUGUGGCGUCUCAGCAGCAACAUGAACUUGUGUGAGCGUCCUGGUUCGAGCAGACAGCAGGCAUCUCGAGAUAUAAGAACCUUCAACAUCGCAGCGCAAUGUACGGUUGCGGCAAGAGGCGAGUGGGCAGCGCGGAGAGGUGGCGCAGCGCCGGCGGCGACGCGCUGUCCGCUUAUCGGGGAUAUCGGCGGCCGUGGUCGACCGGAGCGAUGCGCGCGGCGCCGCCAAUCGAUAGCAAUCCGCGCCGCCCGCCAUUCCGGCCGACGCGCCGCCCGGAACCAAUCCCGCUCGGCCGGCGCCCGCGCUGAGGCGCGACGCCAGCGCCGCGUCGCGACGCUUCACCACGCCGCGCCGCGCGACGCCGCUGGGCGGACGCCGCCGCCGCCUGGGCCGGCGACGCCGCGGCUGCGGCUUUACGACGCGCGGCCGCCGCCAACAAAAGAAGGCGACGCGACGCCGGGCCGUCGCUGGCGGCCGGUGCUGUCAUCUUCCCGCCCUGCCAUCCCCUCCCCCGGUCCUCGGGCGCACCCCCUCCACUUCCCCCCACCACCCCCACCGCCGGCGGCGUCGCCACGCCCACCGGCGCGCCACGGGGAGGAACUGGAGUCGGGCCGCGCGCAGUACACCGUUGAUACCGGCGCGGCCUCGUGA